UUGAGAUGAACUUGAAACACAAGCGAAUUGAAAGCCAGUGGGGAGUGGUGACAAUGUAUAAAAAGUCCAUGGCUUUGAUGAUCCCUAAAGCUCCACCUCUGCCACCUCGAAUCAAACCCUCUGGGGCUCCAGUGGUUUUCGAGGCUGUCGACACUCCAUUCCUUUCCAAAGAGGUCAGAGACAAUCUGGAGUUUCAUGUAAAGAGGAAAAAGCUGCAGCAUCAGUGGGGUCUGCCGAUGAUGGUACAGGAGUCGUUGAACGCAUUCAUCCCACCAGCACCAAAACUCAUUGCAAGUGAAUUGCAUCCCAAGCCAGAAUACCAGGUAAUUGUCGAAUUGAGUGACCUUGCUUUUAUUAGCGAAGCACAUAGGAAGACUGUGCAUGAUAACAUCAAGAUGAAGAUAAUGCAUAAAAGAUUUAGCCUUGCAAAGCUUGUGACGAAGACCUUUGAGAAUUUAUCACCACCUGCAGCAAUAGCACAUGACUUGAAAGAAAUAAAAGAAAAAGAUGGUUUCACUAAGGCCAAUCCUACAGAGAAAGCAAAAGAGGAAAAGAAAAUUAUUGAAGGAAGCUCAAAACUGGCAGUGGACAUUGACGCCCCACAAGAGACUGAAAAGUCAGAGAAGUCGGAUGGUGAGCUGGACUCUGCUGCAGGUGAAGUAAAAAAUUCUCUGGAGCAACACCAUUUUAAAGAGCAUUAUCUGCCACCAAUCGUGGAAAAAUCCGUGCAGCUGUGCAGACCUCCUCCUGCCCCUCCUCUCCCUCCAGUGCUGCUUCAGAAAACAGACCGUGAUAUUCAGCCCCAGUGCUCGAGCUCAGGUCUCAAAGCGCACGUAGGGGAUGUUAACAAAAGCACAUCUACCACAGAUAUUGAGACCAGGGUUCACUGUGGAAAAGAGAUCAUUAACUUCCACAAGGCUCCAGAGAGUCCACAUUUCCAGAAGCACUGCUGCUGUUGCUCCUGUCGUGAUUAUCCGUACGACAGGGUCUCCGUGUUUGACAAAACGGGUCCAGCUGUUCAGGAGCGGUCAAGUUCCAAAGAAGUCAACGAACCGUCUAUAGACUUGCACCCGUUGCUGGGUUCAUUAAAGGAACUUGGACUUUUACAGCACUGUGUUUUAACCUCCCGUACAAAUUAUCCGCAGGCAGAGAUGGAAAGGGAAAGGUCGACGGCCCGGGCCGUACGCACAGAGCAGAGUGAAGAGAUACAAAAGAUAAAGAAGAAAAUCGAGGUUGGUAGGAUGCCAGAAUGGAAGGGAUCUCAAGACGAUCAGCUGGAUGAGUGGAGGAAAAAAGCAUCUGGAAAAUCCCCAAGAAGAUGCGAGUUAAGAGAUGCAGAAAAAAAGCAUCGUGACUCUGAUCAAAGGACGGGGUUCUCCUCAGUGCCCGGGUACAAGGCAGAAGACCCGGAAGAAAAGCAGAGUAGGAAGAGUCGUCCAAAAGAGGUCACUUAUUCCAUCAAUCCUCUUGUGAUUCCCCCGAAAGGACUCCAAAGGCGUUCUGCUGAAAUAUACACUCGUGUUCACGAAAUGUCUGCUUGGUCGAGGAGGGUGCCUCGGCAUAAAACUCUGUCAACUCCAGAGCGAGCUUCACCUUCACGAGCGAGCCGACACAGGACAGGCAUGCCGAAGGAAAAGACGAGUGCCAAAACCGAAUCGAGAACUGCCAAAAAUCAAACAGUGGAAUCUCUGGCAGCUUCCUCCAUAGCAGAAAUCAAGGGCUACUACUACUGUGAUUCUGAAGACAGAAAUCCGGUGACUUACGAGUCGCGUGUGAUUGGCUCCUAUUCCUUAGGCCGUUCUAGGGAAGGAAAGCCGAGAGCCAGCAAGGAGGGAAGGUCUAGACAGACACCCUCAAGAACCCGCGAGCAUGAGCGAUCUUCUUCCAAGAGCAGACGGCAACGGAUUGGUCAUUUAGAUGAUGUCAGUGUACCGGGGGCCAGGCACGUCAACCUCACUGGGGAUGACUGCGUACCCUCCCGAAGGAAAUGCUACAAAAAAAGGAAGGGAUCCAGAUCUAAGGAACGAAGGCCAUCCUCCAGCUCGGAAGAGGAGGGCAGGCCUGCCCGGAGACACCGGAAGAGAUCUAAAUCCAGGAGAGAAGAAAGGGGCAAGGACGGCUCUCACGAGCCGCUAAGCUUCUCACCACAGAAACUACCGUCACUGAGAUUCAUUUCAUAUUCAGAGAGGAAGAAGAGACUCAGGUGGACAAGCAGCCGAGGAUCGGGGAGUGGAUUCGAUCCCUUUGGAUGUCCAGCAAAGAAAGAAUAACUCAGCUCACAAGGGGGGAGGACGGGGGUGUCUGAGAGAGGACAUUGUAUUUAUUCUGCACCUUCAAAUAAACUGUAACAU